CGAAGCGGUUAUUUCGGCAUACAUACUGUGCUGUGCACAAUUUUACAAUACGUUAAAAACAUUUAUCGUAAACGUAACUUUUGUCCGUUACGUCGUGUUUGUUCUCAUUCAGCGAAAAUAAAGUUGAACCAAAAACUAAUAAACAUAUCAGUGGAUUUGAUGUGAAAUAAUCAAAUAUAGAUAAUCAAGAGAAGAAAAAGAAAAAGAAUUAUGUGAGGUGUAAGUUAAAAUGAAUAAUUCAAAUCAGAACUGAAUGACACAGUUUUAUGGCUCAUUUAUGGAAGAAAAGAAAACCGAAUUCCGACAAUUAUAUGAGAUCAUGGAUUUGAUUGUGUUUGAUAAUGAACCCCUUUUUUUGUUGGGAUUCAAGUGAACGUGUUGUGUUGACAAUGAGAUUUUAUUGUCAUUGAUGACCGAAAGAAAAAAGAAAACUAAUACCAAAAUUCGAAAUUUGUUUGGUGCAAAACAGUUACAAAUCGACAUUUUUAUCUCUGGCCAAAACAAUAAAUCAACAGUUAAAACGUGACAAUUCUUGAGUGUUACAUAUAUCGUGCAACAGAGAACAAAAAUCACCCCGACAAUUAAAUGAUUCUAUUACGAUGAUCUGAUGGAAUUACAAUCAACCGAAGCAAUCAUAUAUUAUUGCCCUGAAAUCACGUCGAAAAUCUGGAGUAAUCGCUGUAAAAAUAACUUUACACCAUAUUAAACAGAACUUAAACUAUUUGAAAACCGAAACAAAAACGGAAAAUCAGUGAAUAGUGUUUGAAAUAUCAAAAACAUUUUUAAAUCGGAUUGCUUAUGAUUAUAUCAAAAAAAAAUAACUGAAGUGAACUAACCGGGGGAGAAAAAAAGCAAACACGCAGGCAAAAAACAACAAUAUCGGAUUAAAUGAUUAUGUGGUGUUGGCAGUAAAUAUAAAAAAGGACACGGAAAAAAAAGAACAACACUGUAAAAAUGGUGGUGUGUCACAAAAACCUAUCGAGUAAAUUAAAGUGAAAUGAAAGCGGAACACAGGAAAACUCAAUUAAAAAUCAAAUUACAUAAGAACGAAAUAAGAAAAUGUUUUCUUUUUUUUUGUUGUGGUUCGUUUCGAGAAUAACAAAGAAAGAGAUAAUAUCUACUUAACCAAUAAUAAAUAUUGAAGUUAAGUCGACGGCCAUCCAGAGCCGUGUGACACAGAAACGGAGCGGGCUAGGUAAAUAAGUAGCAACAGAAAAAAAAAGAGUGAAAACGUCGGUUUAAAAAAGUGUUACGCAGCAUAUUUGUGUAUCUUAUCGCACAAUCAUCACCAUCAUCAUCACCACUACCACCACCAUUCAUCGUCAUCAUCGUGUUUGUGCAAAGUAUCUUAAAGACAAAUAAUAACAGAAGCCCAAAUAGCUCCAACUUAAAACGAUACAAAAAAAAACCCGAAAAAAGACACAUUCUCAAUUUAUUUAUGUAGUAUUCAAACACAAAACAAAACUGAUACAUUCAUAACAACAGUAAGGAAGAAAAAAGUGAAUAAAAAGAGUGAAUACAAAGCGGCGACGGCAACAAGCAAUAACCAAAAAACGAAAAGAAAGUAGAGUGAGAGUGCAAAGAGAAAAGAACGCAGAAAAAAACAGGGGAAAAAUAAUAAUAAUAAUAAUAAGAAGAAGACGAGGAGUAGGACGAACGAACAGUUCCCAGUGAAAAAUACAUAAAAUACUUUAUGGAUAGCUGUUGCCAUCAUUUCAACCAUUGACAAUGGAUUUAAGACUAUCAUUUACUUUUUUGCGGUUAUCGGCCACUGCGUUAACCAUUUGUAUGGUAUUACAGUGGACGAUUUUUCCAUUCGCCGAAUGCAGCGGACAGAUAGAUUGGGCUGAUGACGAUGACGAUCCGGUGUCGACUGUUACAGUUGAAGCAGUACUCGGCCGAAGUACAUCGUUACCAUGUGAUAUUGAACCAGAAGUGAGAGACGAUCGAGUAUACAUGGUAUUAUGGUUCAGAGAAAGUGCUGGCAAACCACUCUACAAUUUUGAUGUUCGUGGACGAUCGUUUGCCAAAGCACUACUGUGGUCCGAUACCAAUUCCUUUGGGUCCCGAGCGUAUUUUCUAACAGUGUCCCGACCAGCCGGUCUCAACGUAGACAACGUUCACUUGGACGAUGAAGGGGUGUAUCGUUGUCGAGUUGAUUUUCAAAAUUCACCAACCAAAAAUCAUCGCAUCAAUUUAACAGUGACGGUGCCACCCCAUCAAAUUCUGGUAUAUGAUGCAUCUGGACGUGAUGUUUCCGGUGCAGUUGGCCCACUUUAUGAAGGUGACAGUCUCGUGUUAUCAUGCGAAGUUCGUGGUGGACGACCUGAGCCGACCGUAUCUUGGUUUAACGGUAGUGAACCACUUCAAACUACUGGAGGCAUCACAAUGGGCCGUCAUGUUGUUGUUAAUCGCCUGGAAAUACCCCAUCUGACCAGAGAUGCCUAUAAUAGUACGCUAAGAUGUCAGGCAUCAAACACAAAAUUAGCACCGCCUGUUGAGCGCAUCGUACGAUUGGACAUGCUGCUAAAACCAACGUCAAUAAACAUUACAUCAAAACCAAAACAUUUCGCUUCUGAAAUCGAGUACAGCAUCAACUGUGAGGUUGACGGUUCAAUACCUGAAACGGAGAUCCGUUGGACCCAAAAUAAUCGACCAUUUAAACGUGGAAAGAUUGUUCAGCAUACGAAUGGCAGUGUAUCGAUAUCAACGCUUACUUUUCGUCCAAUUCCCGACGAUGAUGGAACCAUUUUGAAGUGUGAAGGCUCAAAUCCACGGUUACCAAACUCAGCAUUGGAAGAUUCAUUGGUGUUAAUCGUCAUGUACCAACCGCAAGUGACUUUACAAUUGGGAUCAACUUUAAAUCCAGACGAUAUCAAGGAGGGCGAUGAUGUUUAUUUUGAAUGUCACAUUAAAGCAAACCCGAAAGAGAAUCGCAUCACUUGGUAUCAUGACGGUCAAUUGGUCAAUCAAAAUGUGUCUUGGGGCGUUAUCAUAUCAACUAGGUCACUUGUAUUGCAACGUGUAGCACGCUAUCAUGCUGGUAAUUAUGGAUGUGCAGCCGCUAAUGAUCGUGGCGAAAAUCAAAGUGCCUUUGUCAACUUGAGAAUACACUAUUCGCCUGUAUGCGCUGAAUCAACAGUGUCGGUAGUUGGUGCGUCAUUAGAUGAAUCAAUAUCGGUUCCGUGUCGCGUGAAUGCCGAUCCACCUGAUGUAGAAUUUGAAUGGAGUUUUUCAAGCAGCGGUGAACGUUUUGAAGUGCCACAUGGACAUUAUACAACCGUACAGGAUGUCGGUGUCGGUGGAACGGAUGGUUCGAAAAGUGCUUCAAUUUUUUACGAUUCGGAAGAAACACAUGGUGAAAGUGAUGGUCGACACAUUAUCGAGACGGUUAGUGAAUUGAUUUAUACACCGAAAAAUGAACGUGAAUACGGUACGUUGGCGUGUUGGGCAAGGAAUUCAAUCGGUAAACAAACGGAACCGUGCCUAUUUCAGGUGGUUCCUGCAGCUAAACCGGCACCAUUACGUAAUUGCACGUUACGACCAUAUUUAACGAGCACUUACGCGAUAACAAUGAACUCAACGAAUCUAACGGCCUCAGCAGCACAUUCAAACGCAAAUUACAAUAACCAGCAGCAAUUAAAUGGACCAAAAGAAUUGAAUUACAUAAAUACCGAGUACAUGAAAGAUCGAAAUGCUUUCGUGUCAACAGCCAGUAAAAAGUCGACCAGCAAAAGCAAAAAUGGUACGAUAAACAUGGGAAAAUUUAAUAAAAAGACUUUAUUGGCCAAUGGUGAUGGUGGUGGUACGAGUAGUGUUGGUACUGUUGAUGACGCAGUCAAUGGUGGUGUACGUGAGAGAAGCACAAAAAAUCGUCGUAAUACCAAAAGUUACAAUCCGGAUAAUAAUAAAAAAUUGUAUUUACCUCAUACAAAAGAUGAAAACCUCAAUGCUGUUGUAGUGGGCGAUGACAUCGGCAUUGAUUAUGGUGAAAGUGUAGAAGAUGGAAUUUCAAGCGAUGAUGGUAUGACGAGACCAGCAUUUUUAACAGCCAAAUCAAAUUUGUCAUACAUGACAUCGAGAAUGGAUCAUCAAAGGAAUGUGAAACAACAAAAUUUUCGUCCGGACAUAAAACGUAACCUGAAAAGUUGGGCAAAAGGAAGUAAUGGCCAUAAAACAAAUGAGGAUGACACUGUAAACGAUAUGAGCUUUCGAAUAAACUAUGAAGCGACAGCAGCAGCAACAAUGCAAACCAUAAACGGUGGGCGCGGCAGCGAUCGAGGAGACAAAAGCGGCUCAGCCACUGUACCAGACCUAUUAUCAUCAUCAUCGUCGUCGUUGUCGUCGUUGCCGUCGUCAUCGUCGCGGUUAUUUUCGACGUCAACGAUAAAAUCUAUGAUAACCGCUAGCAAUGAAGCUGUUGCCAAUGGUGGAAAUGACCGCAAUCAUCAAGCCAGAGACGACAGUUAUGCUCGAAAAAACAACAAAAACCAAAAACGCUCUGACAACCAUAAAAAUUAUAACAAUCUCGAAAUGAAAACUAGUGGUGGCCAGCUGCACAAACCAAAUGCCGCUUACUUAAAAUCAUCGUCAUCCAUUUCACCCGAACCGAAGCCAAUGCCGAGCGCAAUAAAUAAUCAUCAUUUGAACGGUAACAAUGUGAUUGUCGAUUCAUACGAAUCGCCGCCAACAACAAUGGAAUUAGAAUGUGUUGCCGGCUACGAUGGUGGACUGCCACAAUAUUUUUUGUUGGAGGCAUAUGAUUCGAGAACGAGAAAAUUGCGUUUGAAUAUUACAAGUGCCUUCAGUGAUAUACCACUAUUUCGCAUCGAUUUGGCAGAUUUAUCGCCAUCGGAAUUAUCAUCAGCUUCAUCGUCACAUUCAUCUCAUAUUGAUGGUGGUGCGCCUACAUUACACUUAAUAGUAUACAGCGUAAAUCAAAAGGGACGUUCAGAGCCAACUGUACUGGAAGACAUUGCAAUAAAUGAAGCGGAAAAAAGAACAGAUGGCGGAUUUGGUUUAUCGAUUUUACCAUUAGCGGCUUUAUUAACUGGAACAUUGUUAGCUAUCGGCAUCGUUGUGCUAUUGAUUGUGGUUUUGGCGAUACGUAAACGACGCGAUCCCGUGUCACGGAACAUUUGCGACGAUAAGGAUAAGCAUUUGGGAAUGGAUAUGACUGUAACCGCACCGCUGGAUAUGGGAACCGGUACACAGCGUUAUGUGGUUGCAUAUACGAUAAAACAAAGCCAGAUCGAAAAACAACCAGAUAUUUUAAAUGCACAAAAAAAUUCCGAGAGUACGCAGUCAUUUAAAGCAGAACAAGCGGUAACAACGCCCCCACUUUUACGACCAGAUGCAUUGUUUUUAUCAAAAUCAAAUUACAGUCCCAGUGCGACUUUCGAAACGGAGCCAGAGUUUGAACCGAAGAUAACUCCAUCUAGUCAUUCAAGCACGUUGCGUCGCACCAAUGAAACAAAGACACAAACCAUGUCGAAAAGCUCUCAACAGCAACAGCUAUUGCAGUUACCAAUCUAUGAUUCAAUCGCAACAAAGCCAACACAAUCAUUUUCCGGUGCGAUGAUCGGCACCACACUUAAAAAUAAUCAAGCAAAAACCAUUUUAUCGUCCGCAACAAAUCCAUUUUCAACGUAUGAACGAAACACAAUAGACUAUCGACAAUUAAAUUCAACAAAAAUCCAUGAAACAAAUUAUGCACAAAAUUGUCAUACAUUAGCAACCGCAUCCAUAUUAAACAAUCAACAAAUACAAAAUCAUCUGUUAGACUUUCGACAACAAACAAACGGCACUAAAUUCACGGAUGAAUUUGGUUUAGAUGCACGAAUUGCCAAUAAUUCCGAUUUAUUGAAUUUAAGUAAUAGCUCGAUAGCCAAUCAAUUAUUGCCUAAUUCGAGCGGUGGUGGUGGUGGAAGUAUCAUUGGUAUGGCGCCCGGUCGUCUUAGUUCAACAACAAACGCAACCACCAUCGCCAAUAGCUCAACAAAUAAAGAAUCGAAUCGAAAUCAUCACAGCAACAAUCGAAAUCACAUAAUCACAGACACAUUACCUGGGCCUGAAAGUUGCGUGUAAGUUUUCGAAAUAUUCAUUGCAUUGAAUAUUUAAAAGUGAAAAUAAAAGGCAGCAACAACAAAAUGAAAUAUCAACUAUAAGCUAUAUAGGUAUUGAAAUUUAUUGAUAUUACGAGUAUGUAUAUAUGGGCAAAUUGGCAAUGUGAACAUUGAACAAAAUGAUUUCACUGCGAAACCAAACAGAACAAUGUUUAUAAUAACAUUCUUUUGUUGAUAUAAAAAAAAUAAUCAAAAUUAUUUAGAAGGAAAAAAAAAUGAAAACAGCAUAUCCCCAGCAUGACAUUGUGAUGAUCUAAAAACAAUAUACUCUUUUUCGCCAAGAGCAAACGGGCCAUUCCAAACUCUUUUUUUUUUCGCGAUAGAAACCACAAACCAUAUUUCAAAUAAAAAACAUAUAUACGAAAAGAUAUGUGAAACCCCAGAUUUUGAACUAGGACGGUGUUAUUGAUGUCUGCGAGAGUGAUUUUAAAUAGAAUUUUUGCGUUUUUCAUGAAAACUAGUACAUUUUCCUCACCAACUCGCGAGUCAAAAUCUAGCGAGUCAAAGUUUGGACCGGUCAGUUAAAAUUUAUAAAGAACAAAAACACACUCACAUUCACAUAAUAUCCACUUCAUUAAACGAAAAAAACAAUUCCUCGAUAUUCAGCAUAUCAGACAGAUCUAUUCUCUCACUAUCAUUCAAUCUCGAUAUCAGUGUUCUACCUAAUCUUAUCAAAUACCAUGUACGAAGAAUUAACAUAUGAAGUAAAAUCAUAUACGAAAGAGAGAUGAACAAGAAAAAAAACACCCGCAAUGAACUGAAUAAAUCCAAGAAAUACACAACAACCAUUUUUGCGGUUAAGAGAUUUAGAUAUUAAAUGUUUGUUGUUAGAUUUUAAGAUGAAAUAAUGGAUUCGCAUUAAUUGAUAUGAGCAAAGAAAACAUACAGUGAAACAAAAGUAAUAAAUUCAGACAACUUUAAGUGGUAGUAAAUAAGAUGCAUCUAUCAAUCAACCGACAACAAAAAAAAACUAGACAUAUUCCUAUAUCACAUAUAUCAAUCCAAAUGAUGUUUAAAAUCGUAACCAAUACCAUAUUAAAUAUAUUUUUUGUUAUUUUCGACAUUGAAAAUCAUUUUUUGUUAACGAUGAACUUCAUUCGGAGCAUUUAUACAAAUUAUUGAAGCAUAUAUAUGGUCUAAUCACACAGUUUAACAGCCUAAUAUGGAUCAAAGCAUAUCCAAAUCUCCAUAAUCAUCAAAACGAUAAUCGAUCUUCAACAGAGCAAUGUCGUUUUCCACACGAUGAAAAAUAAUUUGCAAUCAAUUUUAUUGGAAUAUGAAAUCGAAUAUUUCAAGUGCGUUAUCAAUGUAAUAUACAUAUACAUAUAAGUCAUCAUUCAAAUGUUAUUUAUAAUUUAUAUUCAUUGAAUUCACAUUCUAAUUGUAAACGAACAAAUAAUAUGAACAAAAAAAAGGAUUCUCCUUUAGUAACUUCCAUACAAUACCCCACUAUUAUUUCGACUUCGUUUUUUCUUUCUUAUUUAAAAUAUUAUUAAAAAUGUAAACAAAAAUUCGUUUUGGAAUCAAACAAUAUUAGCAAAGAAAAAAUAGAUCUAUCUAAGGUAGUUUUAGAAAUAUGCAGCCAAUAAAAUUGAAUUGAAUAAUGCGACUGGAAAUGUUUACAAUGUGGACAGGUAAAUGUAAUUUUUUGUUUGUUUCCAAAAACAUAAAUAUAUAUAUAUAUUAUAAUAGCGUGGUGAGAAACAAAAAUGUGGUACAUAUUUAUCGUGACGGAAGUUCCAUACAAAAUUGCUAUGAAAUUAUUUGAUGUGUAAAUGAAAUAACUACCAAAACUGUAAAUAAUUGAAAACCAACAUGAAUAAAAAAAAAACAA